AGUACCAACCCAUCUCCAUCCUAACCGCUUCAUCGCCGGUGUCCGUGUGACAGAGAGAUUAUGUUCACUAUCAAGGUGUUAGCGGCGGUCGUACUUUGUACGACGGCGACGUUAGCUGCUCCUCAACGACCUUCCGGUGGCGCUGACAAAGAUGCGGUGAUCACGUCCCAGCAGCUGGAAGUCAACUUUGACGGCACUUACGUCAAUAACUUCGAGACCAGCAACGGGAUCAGCCACUCGGAGUCAGGACAACCUAAGCAGGUAGACAACGAGACACCGGUGGUCUCCCAAGGCUCUGAUUCUUACGUAGCGCCGGAUGGCCAGCAAGUCAGCAUCACAUACGUAGCAGACGAGAAUGGCUUCCAAGUGCAAGGCUCUCACAUCCCCACGUCACCACCGAUACCGCCAGAGAUCCAGAGGGCGCUCGAGUGGAACGCGGCUCACCCAGAAGAGGACGACGGUGGUCAACCACGAUCGCCUGCCCGAGGUAACUCCCUUCUUUCCUACCCUAAUGACACUUUAACUCUCGGUUACCGUGAGAUAGAAAGCGAUUAA